UUGAAUGCUCUGUGCGCAUGUGCGAAGGUGUCCGAACUGACAAUGCUUGGGAGAUGAAGAUAGUGUGUAGCUGCUUCUGGGCUCGGGGAGGAGGAGAGGAAUCCGCCAGCCGACACGAUGAGAUCCAAGGCGAGGGCGAGAAAACUGCCCAAAAGUGACAGCGAGAUUGUAAAUAAUAUGUACGAGACCGACCCUGAUCUCCUUGCUGGCGAAAGCGCAGAGGAGGAAACAGAGGACAGUAUUAUGUCCCCCAUUCCUGUCGGACCUCCAUCACCCUUUCCCACCAGUGAGGACUUCACUCCCAAGGAGGGCUCACCUUAUGAAGCUCCCGUCUACAUUCCUGAUGACAUUCCAAUCCCACCAGAUUUUGAACUCAGAGAAUCUUCGAUUCCAGGGGCAGGGCUAGGGAUUUGGGCCAAAAAGAAGAUUGAAGUUGGGGAAAGAUUUGGACCCUAUAUGGCAGUACAGAGGAGCACAUUAAAGGAAACAAACUUUGGAUGGGAGCAAAUGCUGACUGAUCCCGAGGUGACCUCCCAAGAGGGCAACAUAAAAAAGAUUGCCGAUGAGCUGGGCAAUGAGAAGUUCUGUGUUGAUGCUAGCCCAAGUGGAGCUGGGAACUGGCUGAAGUACAUCCGCGGGGCCUGCUCCUGUGAGGAGCAGAAUCUGGCCGUGUGUCACCUCAACGACCAGAUCUAUUAUAAAGUUAUUAAAGAAAUUGAGCCAGGAGAAGAGCUUUUGGUGUAUUUGAAGGAAGGUGGUUAUUCCCUUGGGAACAUGGCGCCCAGCAUGGAAGAAGAGCACUCGUUCCGCUGCGAGGACUGCGAUGAACUGUUCCAGUCCAAGCUCGACCUGCGGCGCCACAAGAAGUACGCCUGCAGCGCUGUCAGCUCCCUCUACGAGAGCCUGAGUGACGAGAUCAAGCAGGAGGGUCUUGGCGAUGGACAGGUCUAUGAGUGCAAAGACUGCGAGAGGAUGUUCCCCAAUAAAUACAGCCUGGAGCAGCACAUGGUAAUCCACACUGAGGAGAGGGAGUACAAGUGCGACCAGUGCCCCAAGGCUUUCAACUGGAAAUCCAACCUGAUUCGGCACCAAAUGUCUCACGACAGUGGGAAACGGUUUGAAUGUGAAAACUGUGUUAAGGUAUUCACCGACCCCAGCAACCUCCAGCGGCACAUCCGCUCCCAGCACGUGGGUGCGCGGGCUCACGCCUGCCCGGACUGCGGCAAGACCUUCGCCACCUCGUCUGGCCUCAAACAGCACAAGCACAUUCACAGCACUGUCAAACCUUUCAUAUGUGAGGUCUGUCACAAAUCCUACACGCAGUUCUCCAACCUGUGCCGGCACAAGCGGAUGCACGCGGACUGUCGCACCCAGAUCAAGUGCAAGGACUGCGGCCAGAUGUUCAGCACUACCUCCUCCCUCAACAAGCACCGGCGCUUCUGCGAGGGCAAGAACCAUUACAACCCUGGGGGCAUUUUUGCCCCCGGCCUGCCCCUCACACCCACUUCCAUGAUGGACAAAUCCAAGCCCUCUCCCAACCUCAAUCAUGCCAGCCUGGGCUUUAAUGAUUAUUUCCCAUCCCGCCCGCACCCGGGGGGUCUUCCAUUCUCACCUGCCCCCCCAGCAUUCCCUGCCCUCACGCCAGGAUUCCCAGGGAUUUUCCCACCCUCUCUAUACCCCAGGCCCCCCUUGUUACCACCCACACAACUGCUCAAAAGCCCCCUCAACCACACUCCGGACGCAAAGCUCCCGAGCCCCCUCGGGAACCCAGCACUUCCUCUGAUCUCCGCAGUGAGCAACAGCAACCAGGCCGCUUCCGGAGAGGAGAAAUGUGAAAGCAGCCUGGAAAACUCCUACCUGGAGAAGCUAAAAGCCAGGAACAGUGACAUGUCCGACGGCAGUGACUUUGAGGAUGUCAACACAACCACAGGCACAGAUCUGGACACCACUACUGGCACGGGUUCCGACCUGGACAGUGAUGCAGAGAGUGACAGGGACAAAACGAAAGAUAAGAGCAAACAGAUGGAGAGCAAGCCAGAUUUUGUCAGCAGCUCUGUGUCUGCAAGUUCCACCAACAACUCGAGUGAGAUCCCUCUCUUCUAUUCUCAGCAUUCCUUCUUUCCUCCCCCUGAAGAGCACUUGCUGCCUACCACGGGGGCAGCCAAUGACUCUAUUAAAGCUAUCGCCUCCAUUGCAGAGAAGUAUUUUGGGCCUGGCUUUAUGGGGAUGCAGGAGAAAAAAAUGGGUUCGCUCCCAUAUCAUUCCAUGUUCCCUUUUCAGUUCCUCCCCAACUUCCCCCAUUCCCUCUAUCCUUUCACGGAGCGGACCCUCAAUCACAACUUGCUGGUCAAGGCAGAACCAAAGUCACCCAGGGACCUCCACAAAGUCGGCAGCACCAGCUCAGAGUCACCCUUUGAUCUCACCACAAAGCCAAAAGAGAUUAAGCCAAUCUUGCCGCCACCGAAGGUCCUGCCAGCCCCGUCCUCAGGGGAGGAGCAGCCGCUGGAUCUGAGCAUCGGCAACCGCAUCCGAGCCAGUCAGAACGGAGGCAGGGAGCCACGGAAAAACCACAUCUAUGGGGAGAGGAAGCUAAUGGCAAGUGAAGUCUUACCCAAGAUUUCCCAGUCUCAACUGCCUCAGCAGCCAUCCCUGCAUUAUGCUAAGCCAUCACCCUUUUUCAUGGACCCCAUAUACAGCAGGGUGGAGAAGCGGAAGGUGACAGACCCUGUGGGUGCCCUAAAGGAGAAGUACCUGCGACCCUCCCCGCUGCUUUUUCACCCCCAGAUGUCAGCCAUAGAAACAAUGACAGAGAAACUGGAGAGUUUUGCAGCCAUGAAGGCAGACACUGGCACCUCCCUGCAGCCCCUUCCACAUCACCCCUUCAACUUCCGAUCUCCGCCUCCCACGUUAUCGGAUCCCAUCCUGCGCAAGGGCAAGGAGCGGUACACCUGCAGGUACUGCGGGAAGAUCUUCCCACGCUCGGCCAAUCUGACCAGGCAUCUGCGGACACACACUGGAGAACAGCCCUACAGGUGUAAAUACUGUGACAGGUCAUUCAGCAUUUCCUCCAACCUCCAGCGGCACGUUCGAAACAUCCAUAACAAGGAGAAGCCAUUCAAAUGUCACCUGUGUAACCGAUGCUUUGGGCAGCAGACCAACCUGGACCGGCAUCUUAAGAAACACGAGCACGAGAACGUUCCAGUGAGCCAGCACUCCGGAGUCAUUACAAACCACCUUGGGACCAGUGCCUCUUCCCCAAACUCGGAAUCAGACAACCAUGCACUUUUAGAUGAAAAAGAGGAUUCGUAUUUCUCUGAAAUCAGAAAUUUUAUUGCAAAUAGUGAGAUGAACCAAGUGUCAGCUUUAGUAGAUAAAAGGCCAGAACUCCAGGAUAUUGAUGGCAAUUCCCAGUGUCAUGGAUUAGCAAAUGAGAAAACAGAAGAUGUGGACGAUGAAGAUGAAGAACUGGAAGAGGAAGAUGACGACAGCCUGACAGGGAAGUCCCAGGAUGAAACGGUAUCACCCACCGCAGAGCCCCGAGGAGCAUUUGAGGAUGAAGAGGAUGAAGAGCCCACAUCUCUCACCAUGAGCUUUGACCACACCCGAAGGUGUAUUGAGGAGGACGAAGCCGGCCUGUUAGAUUUGGAGCAGAUGCCGAAUUUUGGGAAGGGGCUGGAUCUUCGCAAAGCAGCCGAGGAAGCAUUUGAAGUUAAAGAUGUGUUUAAUUCCACCUUAGACUCUGAGACAAUAAAACAGACUCUGUACAGGCAGGCUAAAAACCAGGCUUAUGCAAUGAUGCUGUCCCUGUCUGAGAACGCUCCCCUCCAUGCGUCCUCCCAGAACUCGCUGGGUGCUUGGUUGGACAUGGCAGGAGCAGCUUCAGAGUCGGGGACCUUCAACCCCAUCAACCACCUCUGAGAGGUCAACAAGGCACUGGCCAGAGCCCCGGCGAGGAGGCGGUGGUGCUGCAAUUAUCCCAGCAAAAAUCCCAGCAAGCAGAAGACAGAUGAGGGGGCCUCAGGGAGUCGUCUGGACCCUUGGCUGAGGAGGAAACCUGUCGCGUCUGACCUGCAGGUCCUGCCUUUGUGUCUGUCCAGAGUUUUCCUUUCUAAUUUAUCAGCAUGAGCCUCUCCAGAACUGGAUAACCCUGAAGCAGCCCCAGGAUUUCACAGUCUGUAGGAAUAGCACGAGCAAGACACGAAUUGCAACAGUGCAAUCAAGCAUUGGCCCCUCUAACCUUACCCAGCGGUUAUCACUGAGCCAGUAGAGCCUGCCUGUAAAUGGAAGCUUGAAACCAUUUGGUAGCAUUUCCUCUCAACUCAGCUGAAUGGUGAAGUACGAAGGGAAGAGCCAGGUGUGACCUCUCCCUGGUGCAAUUCUACGCAGUCACUGGAGUUAUACCAGGGAAAGGGAAAUUCAACCCAUUCUGUUGCCCCCCAGAAGAGUUUGGUGUGUGUGGUGGGUGAGCUUCGCCUGACAAAGGACAGUUUGGACAUGCCUUGGCUUACCAACCAGGGGUUUAUAGAGUGGCAGCCUGGCAGUGUCAAUGGUGGCAGCAGUUCCUGACUCCUGCAGUUGUUCUGCUGUGCUGGACGGUUCCUACACAUCACCCGCUCCAUGCAGCCUGUAAUUUCAGUGGAAAGAUGAUUAUUUCCUUGCUUCAUCAGGCUCAGGGGUACAGCCCUCUAUUGAAGCACAUAGCUCAGAGUCCAGUUGUGUCUCUGCCUCUGCAAUUGCUGGCAGAUAUUUUAUGAGUCUCACCCCCUUCACUGAUCCAGAGCAGCCUUCAGAAAGACUGUGAUGGUGUCUCUGCUACUCUGCAUUGCACUUACAGUCUGCUGUUGGAGCAGGGAUUUUGCAGGCAAAGCUGAAUUAGAGUAGUCAAGAAAGCACUUAAACCUUGCAAAGGAUGGCAUUGGCUCCACAGAGCAGAUCUCAAAUGUGUGUCUGGAGAAAUUUCACAUUAAAGCAUCUAAGAUGUAGAAAUGAUGAGGACCAGACUGCUGCUGGGUGACACCACGGGCCUCUGCAUCUUGCCCAUUGCAGUUCUGCAUCAGCAGCCUGCUGGGAGCCUGGAGGGAACGUUGUGUCCAAAGCAUGAGAAGUGAAGAGGAACUUUUCCCAUGAAGGUCAGCAUCAUUUGGUACUGGAUGUGCUUCCUGGAAGUGUUUUGUCAGGUAGUAACUGCUUGCAGAACUGGGAUAAUGGCCGACUUCAGAGAAGCAGCACGCAGCCGUCAGCGUGUCUGCCUGCAAAUCCCUGACAUGUGCAGCCUGCAUGGUAUGGGAGAGAACGGAUGGAGGCUGCUGUGCCAGGCACUGCGGAGAAACCCAACGGGGAAGCCUCAUUCCAGCAUGCCAAAACAAAGGAAACAGCUACCUAAAUAAACAAAGCUGAGAUCACGUUGGGACGAGACCUUUGCAUCCAAGAGGAGACAUGAGGCUGGUUUUAGAUCCCCAGGAGCCUCAGACAGCAAGGAGAGCCUCAGGAAAGCACCUUGGGGUGGCUUUGGUACAGAAGGAACAAAAUCGGCAGCAUCAGCGUAUUUCCAAUGGGAUUCACCUUUCCUGUUCAGUUUUCCACAACGUCCGGGGAAGGUGCUCGAGGCCGAGACCAACAGCACGGCCCCAGCUGCCUCCUGGAUUUGCACAAAGCUCUGGGGAGCAGAGCCCGAGAGCUGCCCAUGGCAGCAGACACCAGCUCUGCGAGGGGACGGGCUCUCCCCAGCCAGCACCUCUGCCUCUGCCGCCGCUGCUGCAGCCCAGCCCUGCCCGGGCACUCGGCCUUCAAGUUAUUGCCACAGGGGCCAACUGAAACUAAGGAAAGAAUUGUUUCUUUUCC